AUGGUGAGACGUUUGUCGGACGAGCCCGUGGUCUUGAAGAAGUCGGCAGUGAGGUCGAUCAAAUUCGACCAGGAUACGGCGGAGGCACAAGAGGACAGGCCCGCCUUUAUACUGACGGACAAUAAAUGGGAGAUAUUCGCGUGCGGCAAAACACAGGACCAACUUGAUUUGACCGUAUUAGCGCACCAGUAUCUGAGGAAGACCGCAUUGAAACCGCGUUCCUUGAAUUUC